AUGGCGCCACCCUUCAAGGCGGGCAAGAAGGGCAAAGCCGAUGAUUGCUAUCCUCCCUCUAGAUUUGCUAUGGAAGCGAGCAGUCCUUAUUUUAUUGGUAAGCACAAAUUUCCUCGCAGACGGGUGGAAGAAAGCAAGAAAUCACCGGCAAAGAAAGCAACCCUGCUUGGACAUGGCUUUGGCGGAGGUGAAUUGUGUUCGAGCACACAGCCAGAGAGCAGUAAAGGAAUUAUAGUCCAUAAAGAUUUGCCUACUCGUACUCUAUCAGGAGCUUCUGUAAACGCUUGUAAUGGUCUUGCAUUUGACUUUAGUGGAGAUCCGAAACUGAGAAGGAUCCGAGAAGUCAUCGUUUCGAUUGUUGACUCUGUAAGUCUCUCGAAGUUUUACACUCUGCGCUGCGGCAAAAGAGUUUUUAUUUUUCCCAUCUGUUUUGAACACAUACUUUAUCCAAUUUCAUUUCUAUUUCUUGUAUUUCGUUCUUUUUUCCCUUCUCACGUUAAUUUUUAUAUCAAAAUUGCAACCGAAUACUUUUGAGA